GUGUUCCUCUGCCAUUCCCUCCCUGGCUCUCCUCUCUCGCCUCGUCUUCUUGCAGGAACCUGUUAAUUCUAAUCCUCCCGCGCUCCUCGUGCCUCCUUUCCAUCUGCCAAUAUGUUCCGUUCCGCCGUUGUCCGCUCCUUGAGAGCCUCCGUUCCUCGGGCCGUCAGGUCGACGUCUGCUCCCAUCCGCGUCCGCAGCUCUCCUGCUGUUCGCCCAGCUCAAUUCCCUUCCUGCGUUGCUUCCCAGGCCAUUCGAUUUUACUCGGCCCCCGCCGGCCUCGCUAAGGAUGAAGUCGAGGGUCGCAUAGUGAACCUGCUCAAGAACUUCGACAAGGUUUCCGAUGCUAGCAAGAUCACCCCCAACUCUCACUUCACAAAUGACCUUGGAUUGGACAGCUUGGAUACCGUUGAAGUUGUGAUGGCCAUUGAAGAGGAAUUCAGCAUUGAGAUUCCCGACAAGGAGGCGGAUGCUAUCCACAGUGUUGACCAGGCCGUCCAGUACAUCCUCUCUCAACCCGAUGCUCAUUAAAUGCGGUAUUCGGUAAUGGCUUGGAGGGUUGGUAGAAAAACGAGAGAGUUAUUGGUGUGAAUCUACGGUCGGAUACAACUUCUAGAAUUCGAGUGUCACUGUGACCGUGACACAGUCCUGUACUCUGAAAUACAUGCCAGUGCUUUCUGUCUCGUAUGCAGCGCUGUAUAUCAUAUUUGAAUGCGAUAUUUGAUAUAUUUCUAACCUCUUGUCUGAAG